UUAGAAAAAGAUCAGAAAAAGGCUUCGGUCUGUGUUGUUGUUUUCUUGCGACGAAAAUUGAAGAGAAAAUCUCCAAAGAGCGUGAUAAAUCUGGUAGAUUUUGCAUCAGAACAUCGUCAAAAUUGCGCUAGCUGCCGUCCAUCAUGCCCCCCGUGAAGAACGAUGGUGAUAGCGAUGGAGACGGCGAUAUGUCGGGAGCGGAAUCGGAACACUCGGGCUCCAGCCACGGACAGGACCGUGAUUCCAGUGCUGAGGAAGCGGAUGAGCCCGAUUCCGAUGAUUCCUCGGAAAUGUCCGAAGGCGAAUGUGAUCGGAGGCGUACCAGCUGUCUCGAGAAUCUGACAAACUUGGAGAAACAGUUCGCCAUUCUGAAGGAGCAGCUGUACAAAGAGCGCAUGAAUCAGGUGGACAAUCAGCUGCAGGAUGUGCGUGGUGGCCGAUCACAGGAGUAUCUGCUGCCGUUGCAGCGGCUUGCCGAUAACAUGAACAGCCGCAAGGAGGUGGCCGAGGUGCUGAAGAACUAUCGUAUCGAGAACAUUCAAAACAAAUACUCGGGCGAAAUGCAAUCCGCCUAUCAGCACUUUGAUAGUGAAAAAAAUCUCGCCAUGGAUGUGAUCUACGAGGAGCUAACGGAUAAGAUACGGCGCCUCGAGGAAGAUCGCCAUAACGUAGACAUCUCGUGGGCCGACUGGGGCACGAGCACAAAGACGGCCAAGGUCCGAGGACCAGGUCGCAAGAAGGCCGUUACCGUGUCCGGUCCCUACAUCGUGUAUAUGCUGCGCGAGGAGGAGAUUCUCGAGGACUGGACGUCCAUCCGGAAAGCAUUGAAGCGCUCGACAGCUGCCGCUACCUGAUAUUUAGUCUAAAGAAGGAAGGAAGGAACUACUAAGGUACGAUAGGAUCAUGAUUUAUGGUUAUCGUGGAUUUUUCUUAUUUUCGAUUGUGGACAGUGCUCGCUUUCCGUCACGAUGAUCUGAAAGGGUGUGAGACCUUAUUUAACGCAUUUUUUCUUUCGAAUCGACGCCAACGAUGCAAUUCGAGAAGAGUGAUAGCAAUUCCGUUUUAACGAUAAUCAUUACGCCAGCAACCAGAAACAAAGACUUAGAAGCGAAGAAACGCCAAAAGUA